UAUGCCAGGAAGAAGAGAAAAGUGGACAACAUGGUCCAACUGUGGGUAUUGGUGGGCAGAUCACUCGCACCUGUUUGCCGAUGACCCGAGAAUGGCCAGUCUGAUGCGUCGGAUCUAUCGCGAUGAUGACCGGGAACGGAGGUCCAACGCCUUCAGUCAACUGCAAGAACACCUGCAACACCCCGAUAACAAACAGAGUGUCACAAAGUUGGCAGAUAGUAUCUUAAUUGCCCUACAGGACUUGUUCUAUGAUAGGGUGUCAGCUGAGGUGAAACAGGAGGUAGCGCGCUGCGUGGGUUUGGUGGGCGCGGCUCUCGGCUACGAGGCCCAGCGAUUCUUCCAAUGGGUCUUUGCCAAGGUCGGCACGGCACCUAGUGAUGACCUGAAGGUGCUGUUCCUGCAAGCUUUACAUCAGGCUUUCAAGAUCGAUUGCGAACGACAACAGUUUCAAGAAUUCGUCCCAAUGGCCAUGUCAAACCUCCAGUCAGUCCUGGAGAAUGCUGACACACCAGACUUGUUGAUGGCUGUGGUGGACUGUAUCCAGUAUGUGGCAGAGUACUAUCCCCAUGUCUUCACAAACCACUUCAGGGACACAGUGGAUAUACUUGUUGGGUGGCAUAUUGACAGCACACAGAAGGAAACUGUCAUCAAGUACACCUCAGAUAUCCUGGUCAGCCUCCAACAGUUCUGGGUGGGAGAUCUGGGCUUCUCUGUCACUCUACUGGGACAGUUCCUGGAGGACAUGGAGGCAUACACUGAGGACCUGCACCGGUUUGCGCGGCGGAGCCCGUGUGAAGAUGACGUCCCUCCGCCUGACGUCUGCCUACCCAAACUGACCGCCCUGCUCAGGGUGUUCAGCACAGUGGUGAGCAGUAUGGGAGACCAUUUCUCACCCAAUCACGGACCUCCUCUCACAGAGGCCUAUAUCACAGAGCUGCUGGACCGGAUGGUGAGAUGUGUGGAUCAGGUGACCACUGACCAUCCAUCUGAGGAACUCUUCAUCGCAGCCAACACCUGUGUGUGCCUGCUGGGACAAGGCCUGGGUUCCGGGCUAGCACAGUCCUGCAGUGGGGCUCUGUCUUACACGACCAAGCAGACAGAGCAGAGUAUGCUGAGCAGUACCCACUCUAUCUCAGCUCUCAGGCUGCUCAAUAAGAUCCUGGAGCUGGUGAACACCUCCCUGCCUGUGUCUGUGAUUGAACAGAUUCUGGGCCCCGGCUCCAAGUUCCUACAACUCAGGUUUUACACCAACCCAGAGGUGCUGCCAUCUGUCCUGAAGGUGUACCGAAGCCUUCUGACUCUUAAGAACAUUCCACUGCUCGACAUGGUCUAUAGACUUGUCCUUGGAGAUUUGGAGGUGGCGAUCAACACGCUCCUGUCAUGUAACGGCCUGCCCCCGUCCUGUUCCGUGGUGAAAAACAACCCGUUUGCGUCCUCCGUGUACGCGGAACAGCAGGCGCUCACCGUGGCCGUCUUCAACAUGUGCGGCCUGGCGGAGAUCGGCAAUGCCAAGAACUCCAUCAUAGGGAUGUGGGGACUGUCCCCCAGCUUUUUUGAGCUGUUUGCAACCCACCUGAAGCCAUGUCACCUCCACUUGGCUGUCAGUCACCCAGCUGUACAGUACACAGCGCUGUACACCCUGCUGUCUCACUGUACCAGGCAUGGCCACUUCAUCUCCAGUAGUCUGGCCUCAGGUGCCCCCCCUCCGACCAUCAUGGAGGGGGUGAGUCUGUCCACGGGGGGGCAUUUUGCCACCAUCUUGGGACUCCUGGCUGAACUCUUACCCUCCAGUAACAUGUCUGGUGACAGCAGGAAUCUGUGCCUUCGAUGGACACAGGAGAUCGUACAGCAGCUCCAGAGAGCUGACAACCCCCACCUGUUCUCCAUGCCUGAGUACCAGGCUACCUGCAGAGGGCUCCUGCCUCUGGCUUGCAGUCCCGACAGCGGCACCUGCCUGCCUGCUGUACAGCUGCUGCAGCAGGUGGUGCAGCUGGGACACCUGCCGCACGACUUCCUGGGGAGAUGUGUGGACGUCUGCAAGCUGCUGUUGACCAGGACAGACAGAGGUGUUCAACAGGCCUGCACCAGCUUACUCACCCUGCUGCCUAUAGCCCUUGUCAUCACUGAAAAAGACUACAGUGAUCCCCAGCCAGUGCCCCACAGAAGAGCCACCUUGCAGCAGGAGCUUGAGCUGCAGCAGGAGGCACGGCACAGCCACAUGGCCAAGGCCCCCUCUGGAACAUUCCACUCCCACAACUUCCGCACUGUUAUGGCAUUCCUGCUCAACUCCACCAAACCAGGCAACCUGGUGGCCGACAAAUGGGUGGAGAGAAUCUUCCACAGCUGCCAGCGGUCGCGGAAGAAAGAUGGUGGCCUAGGGUCUGACGAGGACAAGGUCAUCCAAGACAGGGAGUGCCUACAGAAACUGUUUCAGGACAACAGCAGUCUGUUGUGGUUCUGGGCCAUGUGGGAGGCGGCUGCCUUCUGUGUGCUGGCUAAACUCCGCACACCACUGGGGCGCGCUCAGGAGACAUUCCAGACUAUAGAAGUGGCUGUGAGAACGUAUGCAGCUGAAGCCAGAAGUCGAGACUCUGAUGAAAACAAGGGAAGUAAGACAGACGACACCAAGCUGUCAGGCCUUGGCGGGAAGCACUACACGGCCCAGCUCCAGGUCCACCUACUGUUACAGUUCCUGGAGAACCUGGACAAGUUCAUGUACAACGCCUACGAGGGGUGUGCAGUGGCCAUGUCUGCCCCUCCUAAGACGGUGAGAACGUUCUUCCGUACCAACCGAGCGACGUGUCUGGAGUGGUUAAACCGGAUCCGUCUGUCCAUCAUGACUAUCGCUCUACACUGCGGUCAGCCGGCUGCGGCGCUCAGGCACGGCUACGAGCUGCUGUGGGACAUGAAGGACAACAACAACACACAGGGUUCGGAGUUUGAGCACGCGGUGGUGCUGGUGGUACAGGCGCUGUCGGAGCUGCGCUGUCCUGACGCCAUCGUGGGUAUGCUGGCCUGGUGCCGCGAUGUCAUCGGCCGCAACAUGCCGUGGAUAAACGCCAUCAAGGAACAGGCAGGGGGAAGGUAUGAAGCUGCAGUGAAAGAAUACCACCAUGGUCUACAGUUGUACCUGGGUCUCACCAGUCUUCCUGUGACCUCCGAGCCACAAGCAAACACAGACAGCUCCCUCCCCUCCCCACCGAACAGCCCCCGAUCACAGGGACUGUCCAGUAACACUCCAGGGGAGGAUGGGGUUGGCUCCCCUAAGUUGACAGUCCUCCAUAAACCUGUGGACCCCAGCCCUGAAGUUGUGGAGUUCAUGAUCAAACAGAUGGCAGAGUGCUACAUCUCGCUGGCGGACUGGUCUUCAGUGGAGGACUGGCAGCACGGUGUACAGAAGCUACGGAUGGACAACACCAACUCACACCUACAGAGAGCCUUCAACACUGAUGUGGACCUCAACUACAUCAAGGCUCUGUCAAAGUUUGAAGAAGUGGACCUUCCAGGUGUGAAAGAACACCUGGAGCUGGUUCCAGGUGCGUCCCUGAGUGGGCUGGAAGACGCAGCUGAGAAACCCGACUUCAGCUGUUCCCCAGCUUGGGACAGCAGACAGCUGUUACAGAUAACGGAACAGCAGCUGGUCAGAGCUGCUACGCACAUCGGUCUUGUUCCCGGGGUAAGCAGCAGGGACGAGUCACACAGAAGUGGGGUGUCGGCAGUGUUGAAACACGCAGCCAAGCUGAGCGACAACUUCCUACAGUUGUCUGCCUCGGAGUGGCCCACCUGUCUACCCCACGACCACACCAUCAACUUCUACUGGGCCAAAACGUUACAAGCCAUGGUGGCCACGGACUCUCGGGAGUGGCCCGUCCACUCCAUGGCCGAGCUGACCCUAGAACCCAGCCAGCACAAUGUCCGGACGUGCCACCGGAUGAUGUGGUACCUCCAGCACCAGCUGCAUGUGCUGCAGGACCGGGAAGGGCUGGCAGGGGGCAUCACCGAGCACCUGUCCCACCUCCGGCUGGCCACGCUCAGGCUGGCCAGGAAACAGGCUAACUUCCAGCUGGCACAGAAGGUGCUGCUGGACCAUGUGGACCUCCUGCAGGGUCAGGCACAGGAAAACGCCACCAUGGUGCCCACACAGGUUUACAGUCAGACCAGGACAGGUCCCCAAACCAUCCUCAACGCCCUCUCAACCGUGGAGAGCGUGCCGGUCCUCACCAACCCGCUCCGCCUCAAACUGGAACGCGAGAGCGCCAAGAUCCUGCAGACCAUGGGCCACUCCUCCGAGGCCUGGGAAACCCUCAGCUCCUGCGUGGCGACCUACGGCCCGCUGGCCCUGGACAAACCGCCCACCAAGACGGCGCGGGAAACGGGAGAGCUGGUGUCACGCUCGCUGCUGACGCUGGUGAAGUGGCUGCAGGCAGACUGGAAGACGUCAGCGUCGUACCUGAAGCUGGUGUCCAAGGCAGAUGAGGGCUCGCUGAUCCCCAGGCUGACCCGGAACAUUCAGGUCCUGUUGGAGUUAGAGGAGAGAGGAGUUUGGCAGGGGAAGGGGAUUCUCAACACGGCUGCUGCACUAGUGCAGAGGAGAGGAACCUCUCAUGUGAUGAGCGAGGCAGAGCUCACAUGUGGCCGCCUGGUCCACCUCAGCACCAUGCAAUGUCCACACCUGUCCAAGGCCUGGUCAUCACUGGCCGCCUGGAGCUACAAGUGGGGACGCAAAGUUGUGGACGUGGCAAGCACGGCGGGCAGUGUGGACCUGACGGCAGAUGACAAGGCGGAGAUUCUGCAGGUCCUACCUGCAGGUAUAGGUGCAGAGGAGGUGGACAUGGUGUUCACUAUCAUCAGCCAGGCACACUGUAGUGCCAGCGGCAUGCAGGAGGAGGACAUCUCAGACAACAUACAGUUCCCGUACCAUGACAGCGCGGAGACGACGCGGCGCCAGCUGCUGACCGGCUGCCCGACGCUGCAGACGGCCGGCCAGGACGUGGUGGACCUGCUACUGGAGAUCUGGAGGCGGAUCUGUGACGGACUGUUCAGUCACUAUCAUCUCGCCUGCAAGGCCUACUUCCAGUACCUCAAACUCAACGGAGAGCCUUGCAGUGCGGAGUCCUUCAGUAACGAAGACGGGAACGUGACGGCGACGCUGAGACUGCUGCGGCUGCUGGUCAAACACGCGGGAGAGCUGCGGGUAGAGUUGGAGGAGGGGCUGGCCAAAACUCCCACCGCUCCAUGGAAGGGUAUCAUCCCUCAGCUGUUCUCGCGGUUGAACCACCCCGAGGGUUACGUGAGACAGAGUAUCUCAGACCUGCUGUGCCGCGUGGCGCAGGACUCCCCCCACCUCAUCGUGUACCCUGCCGUGGUUGGCUGUUCAUCCAUAGCUACCGACAAGAAGAACCCUGCAAAGGAGGGUCCAGGGGAGAUGCUGUCCACCAUCUUGGCCGAGUCGGCAGCUGAUAACGCUAAGGAGGACGGGGAUCUCGAGGAGACUGAGGACAACUCUCAGUCCCAGGAUGAGGAGGACGAAGAAGCCAACACGGACCUGAGAAACUGUUUCAGUGCCAUAGUGGACACCCUGUCCAAGCACAACCCGUCCAUGGUGUCCCAGGUACAGACGAUGGUGUCGGAGCUGCGGAGAGUCACGCUGCUGUGGGAGGAGCUGUGGUUCGGCGCGCUCAACCAGCACCACGGAGACAUCACCCGCCGCAUCCACCAGCUGGAGGACGAGGUGAAGCGCGUGCUGAGUAACGCCACGCUGAGCCACGAGGAGAAGUCUGCCAUCAUCCUGGAGAAACACAACGCCAUCCUCAAACCUACUGUGUUUGCCAUGGAGCACCUGAAGGCCAUCACAGACCAGCCUGGGGAGACCCCCCACGAGCGCUGGUUCCAGGACACCUACGAGAAGCACAUCGAGGAGGCCCUGAACAAACUGAAGAACCCCCCCAACCCCAGCACCCCCCAGAACUCAUGGGUCAUGUUUAAACAGCCUAAUGCCAUAGUGGACACCCUGUCCAAGCACAACCCGUCCAUGGUGUCCCAGGUACAGACGAUGGUGUCGGAGCUGCGGAGAGUCACGCUGCUGUGGGAGGAGCUGUGGUUCGGCGCGCUCAACCAGCAUCACGGAGACAUCACACGCCGCAUCCACCAGCUGGAGGACGAGGUCAAGCGCGUGCUGAGUAACGCCACGCUGAGCCACGAGGAGAAGUCUGCCAUCAUCCUGGAGAAACACAACGCCAUCCUUAAACCUACUGUGUUUGCCAUGGAGCACCUGAAGGCCAUCACGGACCAGCCUGGGGAGACCCCCCACGAGCGCUGGUUCCAGGACACCUACGAGAAGCACAUCGAGGAGGCCCUCAACAAGCUGAAGAACCCCCCCAACCCCAGCACCCCCCAGAACUCAUGGGUCAUGUUUAAACAGCUGCACCACGUACUCCAGCAGAGGGCACAGAAGCGCUCCACUAGCGUGCUGAAGCUGGACGAGAUCAGCCCCAAACUGGCAGAGAUGGCGGACACAGUGAUCGCCCUGCCGGGGAGCAGCCUGUCCACCUCGCAGCAGGACGUCACCAUCUCAGGCUUCUGUAACACCGUCACCAUCCUGCCUACCAAGACUAAACCCAAGAAGAUCAUGUUGAUGGGCUCGGAUGGGAAGAGGUACACGUACCUGUUCAAAGGCUUAGAGGAUCUACACCUGGAUGAGCGCAUCAUGCAGUUCCUGUCUAUUGUCAACAACAUGUUUGCAAAAGUCAACAGACACCAGAGCCCCAGAUACCAUGCCAGGCACUACUCAGUCACCCCUCUAGGCCCCAGGUCUGGACUCAUACAGUGGGUUGACGGGGCCACGCCUCUGUUUGGACUGUACAAGAGAUGGCAGCAGAGAGAGGCAACCAUCGCUGCCAUGAAGCAACAGGGCUCCAGUAGCAGUGGAGGCAGUACCCAGGGGCUGAACACAGCGCCCAUCAUGCGCCCCAGUGAGCUGUACUACAGUAAGAUCACCCCCUUACUGAAGGAGAAGGGUGUAACUGACCUGUCCAACAGGAAGGAGUGGCCGAACAGCGUACAGAAGGAGGUCCUCUGUGAACUGGUCAGGGAAACACCACGAGACCUGCUCGCACGUGAGCUGUGGUGCUCGUGCAGCAGUGCAGCAGAGUGGUGGCGGGUCACACAGCUGUACUGUCGCUCCACGGCCGUCAUGUCCAUGGUUGGCUACAUCAUCGGCCUGGGGGACCGCCAUCUGGACAACAUACUCAUCGACCUCAACACUGGAGAGGUGGUACACAUAGACUACAAUGUUUGUUUUGAGAAGGGGAAGGGCCUACGUGUGCCGGAGAGAGUUCCGUUCCGUAUGACCCAGAACAUUGAGGCAGGGCUCGGUCCUACUGGAGUGGAGGGUCUUUUCCGACUGUCAAGUGAACAAGUACUAAAACUGAUGCGGAAGGGGAGGGAGACCCUCCUCACCCUGCUGGAGGCGUUUGUGUACGAUCCCCUGGUGGACUGGACCACGGGUCACGAGGGGGGAUACGUUGGGGCCGUGUAUGGGGGAGGGCAGACGUCGACAAAUGAUGCCAGGCAGAGCAGGAAGGAGAUGGAGAAGGAAAUCACUCGCAGUCUGUUCUCCUCCCGUGUGGCAGAGAUGAAAGUCAAUUGGUUCAAAAACAGGGAUGAAAUGGUUUCUGCCCUGCCGAGGCUGCAGGAAACCCUGGAGGAGCACCUGGAGUCCCAGCGGCAGCUGCAGCACGUCUGCAGUAGUAACUCCAGCCUGCUGCAGCAGAAAUGUCUGCUGGAGGCCGCACUGCAGGACCAGCACCACUCACUACAUUCACUACAACAUAGGUACACGGAACACCAGAAGGUACUACAGGUGAGGAACAUGGUACAGGAGGCUAUCCAGGAGAAACUGAACGAGUGUGACCACUGGACAAAACAACACCAGUGGGCACUGGCUAUCCUGAAGGGUCCUCAGCUGUCACAACUGUGUUCAGAAGUGUCCACCAGACUGGACCUCGGUGUUCCCAGUUACGUUUCUGCCAUCAGUUUCCUACAGAAUGCCGGGCAGGGACAUACUGUUACACAGUGUGAGCAGGUGGAUAGUGAGCUGUCCCAGAUGCUGUACCAGAGACGUACUGUCCUGCACAGCUGUCUGGAGGUGCUGUCCACGUACAGCACGGUUGUUGCCCAGUUUCCAGAGAGCUACCGUGAACUGAACCGCUUCCACAGCUGGCACCACUGGUUACAGGAACUCAUCUGUGACUUCUCCUCACACAGGUGUCAGGAGAUCCUGUCGCUGUUUGAGUCCAGGUACGGAGGGAAGGACAUCGCCUCGCACACCCUGACAUCUCACCUGGUCUCCAACACUGAGUUCAAACUGCAGAGCUUCAUCACCGAGACAAACGCCAAACUGCUCAAGGUUCUGAAUCUGCUCUAUGAACGUCGCAGUCACGAGUGUCAUGAAAGCUCUUCAUUGGUCACAGCAGUAAAGGAUACCUCCUCCAACAUCCAACAGUUCAUCAUUGACAAUGGAGUGAGUGGUGUGUCCAGCCUGACGUGUGUGGUUGUCACAGCGCUGUGUGCACUGAACCGGCGCUGUCUUGUCAUGGAGGGGGCGGCUGCAGCUGCAGGUGACAGACUGAUGGACCUGACCUCUCGAGAUGGAGACUGGUUCCUGGAUGAACUGUGCAGUAUGAGUGGGAAUGUCACCCAGCUCAUCACUGUGCUCAAGGAACAUCCUCUGCUACAGUGUGCUGUGUCGGAGGUUGCCCAGAACAGCAUGAAUGCUGUUUUCACAGCACACAAGGUCUACACCAGCUUACAGGAGUUGAAUGGCAAUUUCCGGUCCAUCAUCCUCCCCGAGGCGAUGAAGCUGAUUCAGAGUGAGGACCCGUCAGCCAUGGCACUGCUGGACGGACUGGAGGGUCUGAUAGAGGAUACCAGGAUGCCACUAGAUGCACUAGUGUCAUCUCUACAGGUUCACCUGAGGAAGUUGACUGUAGGUCUGGAGGUUGAUGAUUACAACGAUGUCUUAGUCAUUGCGGAGACUCUGAGGCAGAAAUAUGAGAGACUUCUUCAUCCAGAGGAGACAGACACAGCAGAGAAUGGCUUGCGACCUGUGACCCCUAACAUGACCUCCGGCCAGAUGCUGCUGGUUGGGUUCAACGGCCUCUUCACUACUGUGGAGACUGAGCUGAGCAGCCUGCUGCACCUAUUGGACACCUUGCAGGUUCCAGCAGAGUGGCGUAAAGUUGACGUGGUACGUGAGGCGCGGGGGAUGCAGGCGUCGGUGUUCGGGGAGAUGACGACCCAGCUCCUGUGGGACAUCUUCCUGGUGAAGAGACUACAGGCCAUGCAGGAUUACUUCAACUUGUGCAAGAACAUGGCUGCAAGUCUAACAGCUACAACCUAUGACAGUACACCACCGUCCCCAGGCCUGCCCAACGGACACCUCAGCCCCUCCCACGCAGGGAAGGCCUCCCCGGACGGCCCCAUGCACCUCCACACAGACGACCAGCUGGUCAAACCCAUCAAGAGAUACAUCGCAGACUUUGUCAGACAACUGGUGAUUGGAUACCCGUCACAGUCGCUAGGCUACACACUGUGUACCUUCAUCAAUGCCCUUGGAGUGGACGUGGUGGCAGAGGUGAAUGCCAAGGAUGUCGGUGCUGAGUCCAGAGUGUCCAUCGACGACCUGGCCAAGCUGGCCGUUGAUCACAACCUGCGGACCAACAGCUUCACGCAGCCGCUGCUGGCUCAGGCCUCGGCGCUGACCAGCUCGCACGACAUCGCCUGGAGGAAGCACGACCUGGUCAGGCGUCUGGACAUCAACAUCAACCAGUGCAAGGCGUCGGUGCAGCGAGCACAGCUGCAGCUGGCCCGCUAUCAGUGGUACCACGAGGACACCCUGCUGCAGACGGUCCACCACAGCGGCAGCUCCUCACUGGUCGCACCUUCCCGGGCAUCCGUCAUGUCAGACCUUAGAAAGUACGUGCAGACGUUAGUUCAGCUGGACAGUGCUGUUGGGUCAGUACAAGAGAGAAGCACACAGCUGGAGGCAGGCAUCGCACAGAGGCUGAAGUGGGCGGCAGGAGCUAACCCCUCCCUACAGACCAUGCUGCUCGACUUUGAAGAGGCACAGAACAACAGGAACACUCUACUGAUGAAUGAGGGGCGACGUGCCAGUGACGUAUGUAAGCUGUGCAAUGCUGUCCUACACUUUGAGGCUCUGCGGACAAGGACACCAGAGGCCAUGCAGGCAGACGCGACCUUUCUGGCACUCAUCAGGAGGUGUGAAGAGAGCUCCCGUCUGUUGGAAUCCUGCACCACUACAGUUGCUGACAUGGAACAGGCUCUCAUACAGAUGUUGCCCCCCAGCCUGGAGCAGCCAAUCGGAGAGUCCUGGUUCCACACGUUACACCAGCUGGUGGUACAAGAGAUGUCUGUACAACAGAGCCGGGCUGCCGAACAGGAGAUGGGCGUGGAGACAACCAGGGAACAGCUGAAGUCAGAAGUGUCCUCUGUCAAGGGCAUCCUGACUGUUCACCACAAGCUGCUGUCAGAUGUGAAAAUCAUGCUCAAGUCCAUGGCUAAGGAGGAUGAAGCGAGCGAUGCUGACCAACAGGAGGAGAGCAGCAGGAUCCGACAGUUCAUGGGGGGUUACCGGACAUACUCGGAGAUGUUCACCUCCCUCCUCAUGAACAUACUGCAAGGCUGCUCUGGGGAGGAGAGCGCAUCCCAGCUGUCCCAGGUCGGACCCACCAUCACAUUCCUUAUCGACCAGACACACAUGAUCUAUGACGAGCUGGUGAGCUUUGCUACUCCCUUGGUGACCAGCAGAGAAACCACAGAGGCACAGACUCCAUUUGCUACUGUAGCAACAAGUCAGAAGAAGGCAGACCGUAACAGUUCCCCCGGGCCGUCAGGCAGGACAGUGUCGCUUCUCCGGAAGGACUCCCGAACAUCCGGGACCCCGCCUGGCUUCGGCAAGGGACCAGGCACGCCCAAGAAGACCGCAGCUGCCAUACGCGAUCCCAGAACAGGGAAAGCUCUCCAGGAAAGGAAUUCCUACGCCGUGAGUGUGUGGCGACGAGUGAAGGCGAAGCUGGACGGACGUGAUAUAGACGCCUCUCGGAGGAUGCCCAUUGCUGAGCAGGUGGACUUUGUGAUCAAGGAGGCUACCAGCACGGAGAACCUUGCCUUGCUUUAUGAAGGAUGGACGCCGUGGGUGUGAUGUCACAGAAGAAGGACGAAGCUAGGACGAAUCAGUAAAAACGAAGCCCGUCAUCACCGUCGGUCACGCUCGGGAUGGCGCAAACCUCGAACGCAGUCAGUGCAUAAAGGUAGAGGACCCGUGGAUCGCCUAUCUUUAUAGACUGCUUUGUACGCACGACCGAAAUAUGGAAGACUGGAAAAGCAAAAAACGGCCAACCGUGCCACACAGGGUUGGUCCGACGCCCACCGUGGGCAGUGCACUUCAUAGCUUUCUCUAGAAAGGGUCGUGUUGAUACUAUGAGAUCUCGUGUCUUAAGUUUCUGGCUUGCGGCGCUCAAAGCUUCCUCCUGUCCGAAGUUCGCCGCUUCAGAGGGGGAGGGGGAGUCGCCAAUCGGGGUUUUGAAAGAUCAGUUCAAGAUAUACUAUACCCAGGACAAGCAAGCUCUCUAGGUAUAAAAGCUGAAUCGAUGUGUGGGAGGUCCAUGUCCUUUGGGGGAAAACUAGGCAAGUAUGACCCCUGGGUAAACACACGGCUGUACUUUGAAGGUCAGUUUCUGCGGUAUUGUCGUCACCCAAAGCCUAUCAAGUGCUGUACAGCACUGCAUAGAAGUCUCUUAGUUAGGAGGGAACUAACAUGAAAAGGGAGUCUUAAUCUGUAAAUCAGACAUAGUCCCAACCUGUACUCCUCUAUCCAUUGUUAGUGAUAGCCUGAAGACCCUUCUUACUUUUACGUUAAGUGUUCUUCACAUUAUAUACUAUGAUAGUGAUGCUGUAUGAUAUCUCAGCUGGUCAUACCUAGAAUGUGUGUAGGCUUCCUACUGUAGGCUACAUUUUCUCCAGAGGGUUUAUUCUUCAAUUGUUUUGUUACUUUCUUUGUUCACUCCAAUUAUUAUACCUCUUGAAAAAAAAGGAAGAAAGUGUAGCUUUUUUAAGGUAAGGGCUGUGAAAAGCAGAUGCACUGCAUGAUUCAAUAUAGAAACUUCUUGCUGUCACUACUGCUUAUCUGUGCUUUUUUAUAUACGAUAUAUACAGUAGUAGUUACAACUUCAUUUAUAUAGAAGUAAUAUUAGCAGUAACUCUUACCUAGUACCUAUUUCAUGUAAGUGUAGGAGUUAUGUAUGUACCAUAGUGAUGUUUAUGUUGAUUUUGUAUGUGAGUACACAUUGGCACACAUAGAAAUUACCUACAGAAUGCAGAUAAUUUACAUCAACUUCUACAAAAGUCACCAUCUAGUAAGAUUCAUCUAUAGAGAGAAAACUAUGGCAUGCUUGACUCCACUCCAGAGGUGUUGCCAAAAACUCCAGGCAAAGUGUUACAGUACAGGUUAGCUGUAGGAUUGACUUUGAAGGAAUAAAUGUUGGUCAUAUUAAGGAAAUAGAUGCUCUGGCCAGUCCUUUAUUCCAUGUCAAAGUAUCAAAGACAGGAGUCAGAUAUGUAAUACAUAGACCUGUGUUGGAUACACUUUUCAAAAGAAGCACUCUCGAGAAAGAUACAGGGAUUGGAUGCCGAGAAAAAGGAAAGACGUCAGAAGAAGGAAAAGUAACUUAGGUCCCAUAGCCCACCUACCAUUUAAUUUGCACAAUGUAUGUAAACCAGCUUGCAAGGUCAAGUCAGUUUUAAACCAGUUUAGCUUUUCCUUCCAACUUGAAAGUCACCUGACUGUUGCCCAAUGAAAACUAAGACAGUUUUGCAUUCUUAGUUCUCAUUGGAUGAUAGUCAGAAUGACUGUAUCAGCUGUUGUAAAGUGUACAGAAUAUUGUACCUAUUGCUAACGAUAAACCUACACUGUAUAAAAAACAUGUACAUACACUUUUCUUUACCCAAGAUUUUGGCUCAUUGCUUUUCUAUGUGUCAGGCUUCCGAACGAUCAAAGGACAGGAGAAAGAUGUGAGAGAAGAAAUGGGGAAUUCUAAAGGCAAAAACAGGGUAA